CCAGCCCUGAUUCAUGCCCUCGCUCGCACCCAUUCCAUCUCUCCCUCCUCUCCGCCAUGCACCUGGAAAUGCAGAUGCAAUCAAGAUGAUGGGGGCUGUUCUCCCAUCCUCUCUCUCUCUCUCUCUCUCUCUUUGUGUAUCCGUUGAACCCAAUCAAUACCCGUUGCUGCCACCCACACCUGCAACACACCGGUUCCCGCCGCCCAAAGCGUCUACCUGCAUUGUUGCGUUUUACCAUGCUGCUUUCUGCUGUAUACCUGUAUGAAUGAAUCAUUCAAUCUCCCGUUAUGUCUGCAUGUCUGCAUGUACGCCUACAUUAUUAGCAUCAACCAUGCCAUGCGCUGCUCCAACGCUGUACUGUACUGUACUGUACUGUACUGUACUGCACUGCACUGCACUGGAAGUACCUAGUGCCGGUAGUCUGCCAGUGUGGCAAAUCUAUUCCCUCAUGGCUCCUGACUGUCAGUGAGUGAUGGCUGACCGGGGCUUGGCCAGCUGAUGGGCAGCCCAGCCAUUCACGGCCGAACGCGCCUCGCCUCACCCCAACCAAAAGGCUGAAGGAAACGAAUCUCAUCAAAGAGAAUCAGUCAAUCGAAUAAUAAUGAGUGGAUGAAUGAAUCGGCUGGGCCUGCCUUGGGCCCCCUUGCCCAACCUGCCUCGACAUUCCUGCUCGUCGCCAGCGGUGAUUGUGACUGGGUGCCCAAAAAAGCCCGUCGUAAGCUGCCAAAGGGGCCUCCGUCCAAUGUCCGCCCGCCGUGCAAUUCCACCCUGGCUUGUUGCACGGUCCGCGUUCAUCCGCCCAUGAUUCUCUCCGUUGGCCUGAUCGCCAUCACUCUCCAUCAGCAUCAUGGCCGGUGGCAGCGAAUGGGAAAAACAAACAGAGACUGUCGAGAAAAUUCUGUAAUGUCCAUGGGGCCCUGCCACGCCGGCCCAUGACGAAACCCGCCACCGGGUUAGUCACCAAAUCUACAAACUCGCUGUGCCGCAGCAUGGCCGGCCCAUGAAGGAUAGCCCAGGUCGGGUCACGUUUCGGUUUGGGUUUGCUCGCCCUGCCCGUUCGUCUGUCUGUCUUGUCUGUCUGGCUGCCUGCCUGUUCCGCAAAUUGUAUUUUUGUAACCUUUCCGUCGUGGACUGGAUCCAUAGUUGAUGGCAAGCAAGGCAACAAGCAAUGAUUUCGAAUCCAAAACUUGUCGCCACACUUUGGCCCGCUUGCAACCCAAAACAUCAGUCCAUCCAUCCAUCCAUCCAUCCAUCCAUCCAUCCAUCAAUCAAUGUGCCAGGCGGCUGAGCAAUGCUGCUGCUGCUGCUGCUGCUGCUGCUGUACCCAACGACUAGGGAAUAUCACACACACCCCUUGGGUGAUGAACCACAGCAAAGGCUCCAUAAAUGAUGGGCUCGAUGGAACGGUCCAGCACCCAGCAAGAGCGUUGCCAUGACACAUGCAUGGAUGACACGAGUCCCCAAUAGUCGCUUAGCUACUACCACUUGCUGAGUGAGGGUCCAGCAUCUCCACGCCUCUACCCACCACCCACUCUCUCGCUUCCAGGAGGGACUGUGGAAGAAUUGGAUUCGAGAACAGAAGACCAGCCUGCGCUUGCAUGCCGCCCGGUUUGAUUGCGUCGCCAAUAUAUUGACAAUCAUUUCCCUGUCCCUCUUCACCGUACCAUUUUUCUCCUUUACAAAGUUUUACGCGAACCGGUCUAGCGCCUUCACCGGAGAUUAUUAACCUCUGUUAACUUACCAGAUUACACCACUGCCCGUUCCAUUUACAGACUCCGUGACUCACUCCCUCAGCAGCAGCAGCAGCAGGAGGAGCAGCAACACCAACAGUGCACACGUUUCAUCUCUAUUUUGCCCCGUUCCGUCCUCCAUGUGACCUGCAGGCCCAACCAGCUGUGGAGAUUGAGAUCGCUCGACGUUCAUCAUUGCAACUCUGCCUGUGUGUGUGUGUUGCCAGUCCUGAUACAAGCCACCCUUUUCCUCGCCCUGGGUGGAGGCUGGUCCACUGAGCAGUCCACUCCACCCACCACUCAGCCAUCUUUGUCGACGUGGCCGAAUCCUCGUCCAAAAUCGACAUGGCUGGAUGACCACAGCCUGGCUUCCCUUCGUUCGCAUGACCCUUUCCCCAUACAUGUAAAACCAUUAUUCAUGUCCGUUCGUCAAACACCACACCGACCACUUUCUCGUCCAAGUGACUUGCUUGCACCGCCGCCAAAGUGUGGCUUGCACCAUCCACGCUGCCUGCACACGCACUCGUUUCCAAUUCGGACAAU